AUGACUUAUCCGCGUGGGGCGCGAAUUGCCCUCGAGGGCUGUGGUCAUGGCAAGCUGCACGAUAUAUAUGCUAAAGUUACAGAGAGCGCAAAGGUCAAGGGCUGGGAUGGUGUUGAUCUGGUGAUCAUUGGGGGUGAUUUCCAGUCCGUACGCAAUGCGAAUGACCUCAAUGGGAUGUCAGUACCCGCCAAGUAUCGUGAGAUUGGCGACUUUCAUGAAUACUACAGUGGGAAAGCCAUCGCACCCUAUCCCACUAUCUUCGUUGGAGGUAACCACGAGGCUGGAAACUACCUCUUCGAACUCUAUUAUGGUGGCUGGGUAGCGCCCAACAUUUACUACAUCGGUGCCGCUAAUGUUCUUCGCUUGGGACAACUACGCAUUGCAGGUCUUUCGGGCAUCUGGAAAGGCUACGAUUACAAUCGACCUCACUUUGAGCGACUGCCAUACAACGAGGAUGAUAUCAAGACAAUCUAUCAUGUUCGGGAGCUCGAUGUCCGCAAACUCAUGCAGAUUCGCACCCAGGUUGACGUGGGCUUGUCUCAUGACUGGCCUAGAGGUAUUGAGCUAUGCGGCAAUUACAAUCAUCUCUUCAAGACGAAACCGUUCUUCAAGGAGGAUUCAGAUACUGGCAAGUUGGGAAGCCUCGCGGCAAAAUACGUGUUGGAUAGACUGCGCCCGCCCCACUGGUUUUCGGCUCACCUUCAUGUAAGGUAUCCAGCUGUUGUUGCCCACGGUGACUAUGAGCACCCUAGAAAGCAAUACCUCGCAUCUAGGCAGAAUCAGCCCGUUCCCCAUGCCGUCGACAAACCAUCUGAUAGAGUUCAAGCUCCCACCUCAACGACUCCCAUAGAAGCCCCCACACCACAACCCAGCACUCCUACCGGUGCCAUCUCUUCUUGGAACAACUUCUCAGCAGUCGCAGCUACACAAGAUGCUGCAGAUCGAGAGAAAUUCUUUCAGGAACAAUCCCAGCCGGGUGAAGAACGAUCGCUUGACAUACAUUCUAUCGGUUCGACCUUCAAGCAGAUUUCGCAAGAUGGCACUGGCAGGAAGAUAGUUACGGUGCACGAGGUUCCCGCAGUACAAGAGAAAGUUGUCGUUAAGAACAGCGAUGAAAUUGACUUGGAUCUUGAUUCUGAGAACGAGAGUGGUGCAGGUGUUGGUGGCAACGAGGCUGUACAUAUGGACGUUGAUUCUAAAGCGGAAAUGGAGAUCGCGGAUGUUGUUCAGACUGCUCAACCUACUCCCGAACAAACUCAAGCAGUGCAAAUGUCCACAGACUUGGGUAAAGCAGAGGACGUAUCCGAGGAUAUACGCCAGCAACUGCCUGAGGGGUUCCAGCGCCAGACAACAGAGCCACCCCGGUAUGGACCUCUUCCCGAUCAGAUUUUCAAUAAACAUACAGAAUUUUUGGCCCUGGGCAAGUGCGAAGAGCGGCGUGCAUGCCAUGAAUAUCUCGAACUCAUGGAGGUGUUUCCCGUUUCAGACAAGGGCGAAGCGCAGCCGCCCUUCUGUCUUCAAUACGACCCGGAAUGGCUUGCGAUAACCCGUGCAUUCGCCAAUCAGCUCGAACUUGGAAAUCCCAAAGGCCAGGUACCGGCUGACUUGGGUGACGAGAACUACAAAGAUCAAAUCGAAAAGGAAAUGGCCUGGGUUCAGGAACACAUUGUUGAUCAGGGAAAGUUGAUCAUCCCCCAGAACUUCGAGAUUACCGCACCUGUUUACGAUCCUGAGGUUCCUCUCCAAACCAAGGAAAUACCACCUGAGUACAAUAAUCCACAGACUGCUGCCUUCUGCGAGUUGCUCGCCGUGAAGGGUUUGGGCAUGGACGUCAUGGACAGCACCGUGGGCGGGACAACGGUCGGGGUAGAGGUGGUCGCGGUGGUCGUGGUGGCCGCGGUGGACGAGGCCGAGGUGGGCGUCGUUGAAGCUGCCACCCUGCGUCUAAGCGAUGAGGCCUGA